UUGUAAUUGAAAGCCCAAUUAAUUUUCUUCCUUUUUAGAGGCCCAUCAAUCAAACUCAGCAGCUCGAUCAAAUAAAACAAAAUGCAAGCGCCGUCGCACUGAAACCCAACUCAAUUGCCCGGAAAACCCAGCCGGACUUGGUCGCCGGCCGCCACAAACAAUUUGAAUUUGAUUUAGAAACGUUUGGAGGAGGAAGUAACAUUGAUGGAUUCACAAAGCCAAACAACAUCUUUGCAGCGACUUCAGAAUGUCGAAAAGAGAAUUGUGAAGGUUUUGGAGCUUGCAGGAGGAGUGAUGGAUGAGCUUGCAAGGCCCGUUGGUCCUAGAAAAGAUCUCGUUCAAAGUCACUGCCUCGAAUUCAUGCAAUUAAUCAAGGACAUCCAAGUGGCGUUGCGUGAAGAAAUCAAAAGUGCUUGUGAAUAUCGUCCAUUUGAGAAAUGUGAUUAUGGUUCAAGAAUAGCCAAUGAGAUAUGUUACAAGAAGGUGGACUAUGUCAUGUCACAGUUGGAUGCAAUGAAACAAACUAUAGAUGAAUAUCAUGCAGCAGACUAAAUUUUUUGCAGCUUUAGUUAAUAGUUCCUCACAUAGAUGCUAGUAGAAUUUGAAAUUCAGUAAUUUCAAGUGUUGCAGGCAAUCCAAAUUGUUUCUCAGUGAGGGGAAUGACUUAUUUAGAGGGGUUAUUUGAAAUUCAGUAAUUUCAAGUGUUGCAGGCAAUCCAAAUUGUUUCUCAGUGAGGGGAAUGACUUAUUUAGAGGGGUUAUUUGAAAUUCAGUAAUUUCAAGUGUUGCAGGCAAUCCAAAUUGUUUCUCAGUGAGGGGAAUGGCUUAUUUAGAGGGGCUAUUUGGACAAUAUGUAUGUAGUGUCUGUUUACCUUGUACACUAAGCAUGUAAAAGGCUGAUUGUGAAGUACUUACUGAAUUUAACUUCCAAUGAUUAGUGACAACCAACAACAAUUUAGGGAGUAAAUUUGUAUUUUUACAAUAAUUGUUGUUCAUUUUAUUUACCUCUCUGCAACACAUUUUCGUA